ACCCGGGGAGCGAUGGGGCGGCCGGGGGUGCCCCUGGCCCUGCUGGGGCUCGGGCUGUGCUGGGCGGCGCUGGCCGAGCGGCACACGGUGUUCUGGAACAGCUCCAACCCCCGGUUUCUGUGGAGUGACUACACGGUGGAGGUUCGUCUCAAUGACUACCUGGACAUUAUCUGCCCCCACUACGAGGAGGGCAGCGUGGACCCCCGCGCCAUGGAGCGCUACACCCUCUACCUGGUGGAGCUCGAGGAGUACCAGGCCUGCAAGCCCCGCUCCAAGGAGCAGAUCCGCUGGGAAUGCGACAAGCCCAGCGCCCUGCACGGCCCCGAGAAGUUCUCAGAGAAGUUCCAGCGCUUCACUCCCUUCACGCUGGGCAAGGAGUUCAGGGAGGGGCACAGCUACUACUACAUCUCCAAGCCCAUCCACCACCACAGCGAAGCCUGCCUGAAGCUGAAGGUGACGGUGACAGGCAAAGGCACUCUGGCACCGCCUGCCCCGGCCUCGACACAGAAGGGGAGGAUCCAGGCAGACGAUGCAGCUGCACACGUGCUGAGGAGCGUGGGGCAGAACUCGGCCAUGCGCAGCAGCAGCCGCCCCUUCACCUUCGUCAGCCUCCUCCUGCCCCUCUUGGUGCUGCAGGGGCUCUGAGCUGCGCCGCCUGCCCAGACCCACCGAGGCUGCGGCCACUGGGGACCCCCGUGGGCCCCGCACUCUGCCCCAGGUGCCCUGCCCUGCGCACGUCUGGGCGAAGAAAGGAAUUGUCAGUAUUAUGGGGCUGGAGGGCCCAAAGCCAUUGGAGCAGCUGGAGCCUUCAGGCUUCCCUGGCCGGUCCUGGCAGCCAGAAGCCGAGCAGGAGCCUGGAGCUGGAGGGGCUGAAGUGCCCUAGACUGGAGAGGGGCAGGGGGCUGGCACCCCUGUCCCACAGCUGAGCUCACCCACCACCCUCGGGGCUUUCCCGGUGGUGGGCUCGAACUGGAAUGUGUCCUGCAGGCGAGGACAUGGGGGUGGCCAGGUGACACCAGUGCAGGGGGCCUCUUACCCCCAGCGUCAGCGGUGAGCGAGCACAGACAGACUGGAGAUGCCCCGCAGCCAGGGGAGCGGGGUUGUAAAGAAACAUCCCACUCCUCGCUGUGCUGCACCCAUACCCUACC